AUGCCAAAAGCAGCAAAGAACUCCAAGUUUAGCAGAAUUUCUCGUCGCUUAGCGGCGGCGGAUCCGUUACCCUUAAAAUCCGAGAGGCUUGGUGCACAAUCUCAGCAGGAAGAAUUGACCGAAGGAAGUGAAAACCUAAGCAGGGGUCAACGAAAGCGGUUGGCAAAAAGAGAGCAAUACAAAAAAAGGGAGAAAAUUAUUCUUUCGUCUUUAAGACUCAAAUCAUUGGAGGAAAAGAAAGGAAUCAACGGCUUGGAUUCAAUACGAGAAGCACUAAUCAGGUCCACCAAAGAUAGGGUUCAAGGUGCUUUGGAGCCCAGGGCUCAGAUGACCAACAAGAGCAAGCGAAAGCUUGUCUCCGAGGAGGUCCAUCAUAUGGGAUUAGUUCUACAGCAUCCUUCGUUCAAGGCAAACCCAUUUGAAACAAUGCAAGAGCAUCUGCGAAAUACGCUAGCACAACAGAAGGCAGAGCUCGAGUUGAAAGCAAAAGAGUGCUCUAGUCAGGAGAAAGUUCAACGUGAGCUAAAGAGAAUGCAGAAGAAAGAAAGACUUCAGGGUGUGAAGAAAAUCAAAAAGAAAUACAAUGCAACGAGGUCAAAGUAUUAG